AAAUGGGAGACCUUGUUUCCCUUGAAGAGACGAGACUGAAGGGGAGAGAGCGAGGCGUUCUCGAGGUGGGUGGCGAUGGAGCACUCUCCGCUUCCUCCUCCCCUCUUCCUCCUCCUCGUCUACUCACUCCUAGCACUCGCCUCGCUUCCCUUUGUCUCCUCGGACCAGAAGAUGCCUCUCCGUGAUAUUAAUUUGGAAAAUCCAACUCUUGAAUUUGGCACAACACUUUGUCAGAGGAUUCAUGUGACUGGCAUAUCAAGGUUGAACCUUAAAUUUUAUGCCAGUGUUGUGCGUGUCAAUUUGAAAAUUGAUGAAGUCACUCCUGACAGACUUCGUGAAAAGAUACAAAUAUGCUUCCAUAGAAAUGUGUCUAUGGGUCUAUGUCAAUGCAACGAGGAAGUCUGGGAAUCUCUUCAACACGGUCAAUGGAGUUCAGUGAUCUCACCUUACGAAGAUAGAUAUAUUGACAUUAAUACUGAUGAUAAAAUGUCUAUUGCCUUGACAGUUUCUCUUGAUGAAGAGUUUCAACAGUGGCGUCUAUUUUUUCUUGGUCUUGGAUUUGUCUUACUUCUAGUUGCCCCUAUUAUCAGCAGUUGGGUACCAUUUUACUACAGUAGUUCUAUGGCCUUGGGGGUUGUUCUCAUUAUCUUGAUACUCCUAUUUCAGGGGAUGAAGUUACUACCUACUGGAAGGAAAAACAUUCUAUAUAUUACAAUCUAUGGAUCUGUGCUUGGUCUUGGUUCAUUUGUUGCACACUACUUUUCCAUAUUGGUUAAUUCUCUGCUGGUUAGUUUUGGAUUGAAUGAAGAGUUGCACAAUCCUGUUUCAGUUUUUGUAGUAGUGGGAAUAGUCUUAGCAGGAGCUGCUUUAGGCUACUGGACUGUGAGAAAAUUUGUUCUCUCUGAUGAUGGAAGUGUAGAUGCUGGCAUAGCUCAGUUUGUGAAGUGGGCAAUGCGUUUAACAGGGGUGAUAUUUGUUUUGCAGAGCACUCUUGAUAUUCCUUUGGCAUUGGUCUCACUAGCUGUCUUUUGGAAUUUCUGCUCUCUUUUUAAUUCAAAGAUAUGGCGGCACACAUCAAAAAAGAAUGGAAGUGCAUUGCAGCAAAACACAUUGUCCCAUAGGCAAGCUGAAUUUUUGACUCCUACAUCUAAGAAGAUGACAAGAGUACUUUGGGCAAGCUCAAGUCCAUACACCUUAUCUUCGCCGCCAAUAAGAGGAAAGAGCUAUUCAUCGCUAGCUAAACGAGCAAAGCAGCAAAACAAUCACUACUACUCAACCUAUCACAAGAUACCAGCAAAAAAGUUUACAAAAGAAGAAUGGGAAAAUCUUACUCUCGAGUCAACUAAGGCUGCGCUGCAAGAAUGGGCUUCAACUCCUGAAGUGGCCAAAUGGAUUGCUGAUAAUGCUAACCGGAUGCGACUAGACCAAGGGAAUAGCUGCUCCACUGACACAACAGAGAGCUCAUCAGAUUCAUCUGAAGAGACCAUAGAGAACGACAGUAGAUUAAGCUUCUUCAAAUGGUUAUGAGCUUGCAGUAUCUAUUGCAUGUUAGUGUUGAGAGGCUUUAGUUUAGGUAACUCAGCCAAUUUUGCAAUACUCGAUCCUUUUGGUUAGCAGGAGUUAUGCUAAAAAGAAAAGGAUGCCCGGAUUUUAUCGGAAUAGGGUUUUUUUAGUCUGAAUGAUAUGGCUUCGUUGUUAUUUGUUGCACAUAUUAUGCCAAUUAAAUGGUGCUCUUUUGUCAAGAUAAAUAUAUUACGGGCGUCCUUUUGAUCA